AUGAACGACUUUUUGGUAGAUACAGUCGAUCCUAUAAUGGUAAACGAUGAUUACGAAGAAAGUCUUGAUGAAAAUCAUGAGGAAGAGGAAGACCUUAAUCCACUAUCGAUUAAUAUAAACUAUCAACCAGAGGUCAAGACACACUUUUGCUGUCAAAUUGACCGGGAUAUCCAUACAGAAGACUCCAAGAUCUUCAUUACGGCUGCGCAAAAAGCGAAUGACCCUAAUGGGAGUAGUUACAUUACAUAUACCAUAAGAGUUGAGGAUCAAGAGGUUAACCGUCGUUAUUCAGAAUUCGAGUCAUUAAGAAAAUCUUUGAUGCGUCUGUACCCUACAUUAAUAAUUCCUCCAAUUCCAGAGAAGCAUUCGAUAGCUGAUUACGCGACUAUGCAAAAUAAGGCCAAAGAAGAUGCUGUAAUAGGAAAACGAAAGAGAAUGCUACAAAGUUUUUUGAACCGUCUAUCCAAUCACCCACAACUCUCUAACGAACAUGUCUUUCACCGGUUCAUGGAAAAUGGAGUUCCUUGGAAUGAAGUGUUACAUUCUCCUCCGCUUUCAAAUCUACCUAAAAAUAUUCUUCAAGGAUCACCGGCAAAUCUUUCAUCUCAAAAUAAUACCCCCACUUCAACAACAAACUCAUCAAUUCCACCAGCCGUACUCCCCACCCCAAGUGCUUCGCAGCAAUUAAGGGUUCCAGAUCCUUUAUUCGUCGAGUCCGAAGCCUUUACGAAUAAAUUCUAUACACACAUCAGUCAAAAUAUGGAAAAGACUAACAAAAGAAUUUGGAAACGUUUAAACGAUUUUUCCAACGAUUAUUCUGAAUUAGGUGCAUUAUAUAAUGGUUUCAGUCUGAAUGAGAAUGGGGAUUUGGCUAUUGCUAUUGAAAAAGUGGGACAGGCUGUGGAUUCGACUUAUAUUGCUACAAGAGCCUUGACCGAUUCUCUUGAGGCAGAGUUUACUGAACCACUUCAGGAAUAUUCACAAUUUGCGCAGGUUAUCAAACAAGUUCUCAAGUAUAGAUAUUUGAAACAUUUACAGAUGGAGCUUACAGCCGAAACACUUGAGAAACAAAGAUUCUCAUUGGAUAAUCUGGAAAAAUCAGAACAAGAGGCCAAGAGGUUAGAAGAGGCUUUAAACAAGGAACGUGAAACUCAAGACACAAGUAGUCAUCAAAAUCAUGCAGAUGAUGAUAAUCAUUCUGAUACUACCGUAAGGGAAAAUGGUCAUCACGAAGGAUUGCAAAAUGGAGAUAGUUCUGUCGGAUAUAAAACUCAUCAUAAAAAGCGAAGUAGUUCAAAACUCUUUUCUGUUUUAAGUCACACCAUUCAUGGCAUUAUGGAUGUUGAUCCCGAAGCUACCCGAAGGAAUAGCAUUGGAAAAACAAGAGAAUCAAUUAUUCAGCUCGAAGAAGCUUUAGAAACCACCAAAGCUGAUUUAAAAAACAUAUCAAUAUCCAUUCAAAAUGAUCUAAAUCGAUUUCAGCGACAAAAGAUUUCGGAUAUCAGGCAGAUUUUAAUUGAUUAUGCAAAAAAUCAUGUUAAAUGGUGUCAAAAGAACCUAAACAGUUGGGAAGAAGCGAAGGCUGAAAUAGAAAAAGUACAGACAUGA